AUGAGUGACAACGAUCCACCACCAGUGCUUAUAAAGCAAGCUACGUGUGGUGUUACCACGACUGCAGACAAUUCAAUGUCGACCGUGACAUGUGUUGGUACUACUACAUUGGCAUCUAGCAGUAAUGAUUCCUUUACCAAAACAACAACUGCUGUGUCACUUUCAUCAUGUUCUCUUUCCGAUUCAACGCAGGUUAUUUCAGCCUCUUCUAACACAUCUGUAUCAUCAUCGAGUAAAAGUGCAACAUCGGAUAACAGAAAUGCAACCAAUGUUAUUGCUAGCAGUGGUGGAACAGCAGCAGCAACAGUAACAUCAGCAAGUAGUAGCAAUGCGGAGACGACUUCUUCAACAUCUUCAACACCACAACCAACCCCAAAAAGUCGUCGUAAGCCAACAUCCCGUGCAAAAAAAGAUGCUGCCGAUAAAGCGAAAACUUUUACUACAGUUGUUAGUUCAUCUGCUACGCAAAUGGUUCCACAAGCACCGUUAAUGCUAACUUCUGCUUCGCCUGGGCAAUUCAUGCUUGUUCAUCAUAAUGGCCAGUGCUACAUGAUGUCAGCAACGCAAUAUUUCGGUGCAAAUCAACAAAUUGCUGCUGUUAGACCGCAACAGCAACAACAGCAACAAUUUUCUGCACCAACAACAUCCUGCACUAGCACCAUUACCACUUCGGCACAGGAUUUCUUCAAAGUGAUACAACAGCAACAAGUACAGUCGAUUCAAAAUUCUACAAAUACAGUGUCUGCCACUCAACAAUUUUACUCACAGCAACAAUAUCGUCACACACACCCGAUGUCUUCACAGCAGCAGUAUGUGCAGCCAGGUUUUGUCGCUAAUAACGCAACACUGGGGCAACUUGCACGAAAUCUAGCACCAAAACCAUUACCAGGAUCAGGAUCAGUUGCUGUAGUAGCGACUAGUACACAUAUACCAUCAACUACAGUAACAACGGUUACCACAACAACAUCGUCAUUUACUGUUGGACAAGGAAAUGAUACAUCAUUGGGACGAUCAGCGCAGCAGCAACAAUCCCCUCAACAGCUGGGAACCGCAUCAGUGCAGCAGAUGCAACCAUCAAUGUUUUCCCAAGGAAUCCAACUCCGUGCACCACCGGGUUCAUCAGGUAUUGUCUUCCAGAUGCCAUCCGGAGCAUACACAUAUGUGCAUCAGUUGGUUACUCCUCAGCAGCGCACCUCUAUUGCGAUACCUCAACAGCAAUCAAUUCCAGCUUGCAUUGGACAAGCGGUGGCAACAAGUCAGUCACAAAAUCAACAGCCACAGCAAUCUUCUGCUAAUAGUUCACCCUCUCAAAAAGCCGUUACUUCAGCUACUGCUGAAUCAAAAAAUAAGAAAACAUCAAACAACAUCAGCAAGGAAUUAGCAACCAUAGAACAAAGAGAGAGCAAUGCUUCGCCAACGACUGACAAAGAGAGUCAAUUAUUGUCACAGAUGGUUUCAAUUUCUAAUAAGCCGCCGACAACUCCUUUAAAAGAUAAUGAAACCUUAUCAAAGAAUGCCAGAGGUGGUACUAAGCAUUCGGGAAGUGGGCGAAAGAUGGGUGCAGUGAAAAUUGCAACACCUCAACCAAUAGCUCCUACAAAUUUGGUGCCGGUUGGUGCGCCAGUUCCGAUGAUGGUCAUGUCUGCUCCGAUGCCUCAACUAAGUUCCUUUGGGGGACAUGCCGCGGUACCAUUCAUGGGACCAAAUGGACAAAUCAUACAUCAACAAUUGAUCGCAAAUCCACCCGUUCCAACACACCAAAUGAUACCGGUAUUUCAACAGCAGCAACAAAGUGCUGCUCACUUUCCAAUUUCCCAAUCAGCGCAAUCUCAAGUCCAAGACGCAAUUUCCCAUGAUUCUCAGAAAGCAAUUGCGGAUGAUGACAACGGUUAUGGUGAUUCGGGGAUCGAAAAUGAGCCUCCACCACUUCUUGUUCAGGGGGAAUCGAAAGAUGCACUCGAUAUUCAUAUGAUGUUCACGAGGGAAGCCGAACGAUAUUAUCAAAAAACGGGACGAAAAGGCAAAAUUAUUCAUUUGAUCGAAGGAUUUGAAAUUGAGGAAUCAGAUGAGCCGUUCCCAUGUGAUCCACCUUGCCGUUUAAGUGAUUGGCUUUUAUCCGAGAUAGAAGAUAAAAAUGGGAGGAAGGUAUCCAAAGAACGUAGAUGGAGUACAUCGACAAGGAAACUAAUUAGUGAGAAAGAUAAGGAACCAGUAUUAAAAAUAAACGCCGGAAAAGUGGAAGUCAAAAAGGGGCGCGCAAAAGCAUCUCCAACAAAAUCUGAAGCGUCUAGUGAAAAAGCAGAAAAGAAAACUCGUAAACGUAAAACAAACGAGCUUGAUCGACUGUUACAAAUGGAUUUUGGGCCAUCACAUGGACGUCUUUCUGAUAUUAUGCAAAAAUCCGUUUAUAAGCCCAGUAAAGAAACGUUGCCUCCUCCUCCACUACCUCCACCAACAAAGGGCUGUUUGUCAAAGCCAAAGGGCCGACCACCUUCCUCAUCAAUAGAUAAGCAAAAAUUAGAAAAAGCUGAAGUAAGUGAACCGGUAAUGGAAAGAUUCAUUAUUGAGGACGCAGCGGAUAUGUCGCCAAAAGCUGCAACCAAAAAGUGUGAAGAAAGUCCAGCAACUGCUGAUCAAUCGUUGAAUUCUUCGAAAAGUAGUGCUGAUACAGCGACUGGAAGUUUGUUAGUUAGUUUUUCGGAUGAAGAGCUUGACACAGAGAGAUGUAAUUAUUGCAAUGGUUUGCUGCGUCUAAAACGUUUGGAAAACCAUCCGCAGUAUUGUUCAAAAAAAUGUCGGAAAUUAUGGAAGAAGAAUCCAACAAUUAGUGAAGAUCAAGUUGGGCGCUCGUUCAAUGCAUCGCCACGACUACCAGUUAUUCGUUCGACGGAUACAUCGCCGAUUAACAAAGAUAUCAGUCCUACAGUAACAGUGCAAAAUUUUAGCGUAAUUUCAGAACCAUCCUCUUCAGGUAGUUUUGAUUUGCAACAACGAACACCUCCAACCUUAACGUUGAAAAUGGUCUCACCUCAGCAGGCAGAAAUCGUGAAGUCUCCUCGUGGUUUGUGCACUUCUUACUCGCUUGGUGAAUGCAGUAAAAUACCGUCGACGUCAGUCUCUCCCGCUAUGGCUAUAGCUCCAGCAGUUGAACAUGCACCGAUGGAUUUCCUUUCUAGGCCUACAAAAACGUGGACCUGUGAUGAAGUGGCAAGUUGGGUGUCAUCGAUAACCGGCAAUGAGGAUUGUGCGAAUACUUUCCGUAAUCAGGAUAUCGACGGCCAGUCUCUGUUGUUACUGCCAGAUAAUGCUCAUAAUAAUUUAGUAACAUUGUUGGGAUUGAAACUUGGUCCAGUGGUAAAAAUUUUGAAUGCACUCAAAGAAUUAUCCAGCAAAAGUAUCAAUGCUUCAUAA